AGUAACACAAAAUAUUUAUGAACUAGUUAUUUUUUAGGGAUUUUCAAGAAAUGUUGCAUUGUAGAAGCUAAGGAUGUAACUGAGGAACUUCCCUCUUUGUGUGGAUGAACUUCAUUAAUAAGUGUGUUGAAGCCCCACGUGUCUAAUGAGACUGUCUUGCACUUUCUGUACUCAAUUUUGAACUUUCCUUUAGGUUUAGUUUUUGUUAUGUUAUUAGAUUUUAUUUGCUAAAAAUAAACACCUUCAGUUCAGAAAAAAUCGUGCUCAAGCUAAAUUUCAAAACGUGAUAUGAAAACAAAUCACAAAUGACUACAUUGUUUCACAUCUCAACCGCAUGCGCUCUGAGUGGAGGUCAUUAUGUAACAGCCAUAUUUAUACACGCACGGCAGUGCAGGGUAAUGUCUGAUGCGAUGAUUUCAUCGUAUUUUAGAAGCAUUUUUAGACAUUUGAGUAUAAUUAUAUAUAGAUGUAUGUAUUGGCUGCAGGUCAGCAUCACGCCAGAGGCUAAUCACAGGUGAACAGAUGGGGGCGGGGUUAUUGGUGUAUGACGUCAGUGGGGACCCAGCGGAAGCUGCGGUAAAUCUGUACAAAAGUUAAGAUUAGUGACUGAAGUCUGGCCCGGUGGUAUUGGUGUCGUGUCCAAGUUUUUAGCUUUUACUUUUUUAUUUUUAGAAAAUCAAAAUACAUUUUCAAUCUUAGAGAAUUUGCUUCCACGCAGCCGAAAAAUUGAUUGUGUCGUUAUCGGUCACGCGCUCUCACGUGCACACAGCCUCGCGCGCUUCCCGCUCCAGGACCCAGGCGCUGAAAACGCUCCACGCGGACCAGCUUUUGAGGGUGGGCGCCCGCUGCCUCCAGCUUCUCUGUCCCCGGAGACGCGCGGGGAUGGAUCGGCGGCAGGGGAACCAGUGAGCGGGUCAGCGGGACGACGGAGGGGGGGUGGAAAGCCGCCAAGUCCGGAGCGGAUGAUGCUCGUUUGCCGCAGGCCCCGCGGUCGAGAAAUUGGACAUCGACUUUCGGCAUAUGGGGUGACCCGGCUGCGUGCUCCGCCGGGGAGGUCCCUGCCUUCGGACGGUACCGGGGAGGGAGCCGCCUGUGCACGAAUGUAAGGUGAAGGAAGGAGCGGCAAGUGGGAAAAUGCAGACGGAGGAGGAGACGGCCACCGCACGAGAGCCCAUUUUGGAGGAAGGGUCGGGACGAGAGCAGCAAAGGCCGGUCCAACAGUCUCUGGCCUCCUCCCUGUGCAGGGAGUCCCACUGGAAGUGCCUCCUGCUGACCCUCCUCAUGUACGGCUGUUUUGCCACGCUGGCCUGGUGCGCCCUCUGUCGCGUGCCGGUCCUCGGCUCCUCCUCCAUCCCCCUCGGCUCCGACAGCGACGCCACUUCGGCGGCGUAUUACAACGACAUCUUGCACCUGGAGAGCCCGUGCUCCAGCGGCUACGUCUACAUCCCGCUGGCCUUCCUGGCGAUGCUCUAUGUGGUUUACCUGGUGGAGUGCUGGCACUGCUUCUCCAAGACGGCUCUGCUGGCUCACGCCGAGUUCCAGGAAGUGUUUGAGCGCGUGCAGAGGCUUCAGCAGGCCACUCCCUGUAUUUGGUGGAAGGCCAUCAGCUAUCAUUACGUGAGGAGAACCAGGCAGGUGACUCGAUACCGCAAUGGAGACGCAUACACGACCACACAGGUCUACCACGAGCGAGUCAACACUCACGCCUCGAGUUCGGAGUUCGACUACGCUCGCUACGGCGUCAAAGAUGUGUCAAAAGAGCUGCUGGACCUGCAGCUGCAUCCUGCUGUUCGCCUUCGCUUCACUAAGUGUUUCAGCUUCUCCAGUGCUAGAGCUGAAGCAGCCUACCUCACCCAGCGGGCUCGCUUUUUCGGGGAGAACGAAGGACUGGACGACUACAUGGAGGCCAGGGAAGGCAUGCACCUGAAGAACGUGGACUUCCGAGAGCACAUCCUGGCGUUCCCGGACCCGGCCCGCCCGCCAUGGUUCUCCCGCCACAGGGUGUUCUGGCUGGCCUCGGUUUGCCUCCUGUCGUGGCCGCUGCGGGUGGUGUCAGAGUAUCGCACGGCAUACGUCCACUACCACGUGGAGAAGCUGUUUGGGGAGGAUGAGGACUCUGGUGGAGGAGGGGUGCUGGGUGGGGGGGGGAGAGGCGAUGGGGUUGAGGGUGGGACGGAGAACGGAGGCCCCCCUGGAGGAAUCAGCAUUGGCCUGAAUGGGACGAGCUACAGAGCCAUCUCCCGGGUCAAUACCGUGGACAUGACGGAGCUGGAGUGGCACAUUCGCUGCAACCAGCAGAUGGUCCCCAGUUACUCGGAGGCCCUCCUUAUGGACAUGGAGACAAGCGGGGGGACAAACCCCACAGCUUCCACCCCCAUCUCUGGACCCCCUGGCAUCACCCCCACCCAGACCACCAACCCGCCUUCUUUGGCUCUGCCUGUGAUGUUCAACUCGGCGUACCUCCUGCAGACCUGCCCCAGAUGCCGCAGGACCACAUCCAGCGCUAGCCUCCCAUCCCGGCUGAGGGCCCCAAUGGGAACUACGGCCCUCCUGAACGCCACGGUGGCGGGGAUCAGGGCUGGGGGGUCCGCAGGCGGGUCCGGAGGCGGGUCCAUCGGGGGACGACUGGUGCUCAGUCGGAGCGGGUUCUCAUUAGGGAGACUCGGAGGCGGGCGCCAGAACAGCCUGUUUCAUUCCAGGAGCAUGGGAGGAGGUUUGGCAGGAAGCAGGGAGGAUGGAGGAGGAAGCGGUGGAGGUGGGAGUAGUGGAGGGGGAGGAAGCGGUGGCGGGGGAUUCCUGGGGUUGGGCUCCAGACAGAACAACGAGGAAACCAGGGGAGUACUAGAAGGAGAAGUGGAUGAGGAGGAAGAGGAGGAAGAAGUGAGGAGGAGAGUAGACGGGGGGAGACAGAGGGACGUAGAGGCGGAGCAGGAGAAUGGAGUGGGAGGAGAGGGGAGGGAGGGGGAGAGAGAUCGACCUCCAUCCUACCAGGACGCCUUCUUCUUCCCUGUGCUCAUCAUUCACGGAGAGGAGAGCUGCCAUGCAGGCGAUGACAUGUGAUGAAAAAAAAAGACACUCCUCGGGUUAGGGGGGACUGACGAAGAGAGGACAGGGAGGAGGAGGAACGAAUGGAGGGGGGAGGGGCAUCGACGGAAACAGCAGGAAGGAAAGGAAGAGGGAGGGGCAGAAAAAGGGAAAAAGACGCCGAGAGAAUCCGACUCAUGCUGUCAGUUGGAGUCGACCUGAUGAAGGGCAAACUUUGAAAAAAGGACGUUUUUUUUUUUUUUAUCCUGGCAGCUUUCAGUGCAUUUAGAUGUAACUGGAAAUGUGAGGGGGGGGGGGGGGGGGUCUAAAGACAGCAGCUUGGAGAUGCUAGAACCUGAAGCUUUCCUUAAAGAGUUUCUCUAUCUUUCCCAGGGUUGACAACAAAGAUGGAAUGAUAAAAAAACCCAUUUAGACAGCAGAUGAACAUUUAAAGUUUGAGUAGGUUUUUAAAGUUGUAAAGAAAACUUUUUUGUCAAAGUCCUCGAAAUAGAAAUGACAAAAUGAUCAAUCAGACGGCCGCGUUAAAAAGGGCAAACAUGGACUCGUCCUUUUUCUUGCACCAUCGGCCAAUCCAUCCAUUGAUCAGAAUGACAGAAAACUGCUUCCUCUGCUCUUUUUUCCUUCCACUCAAUCUCAUUCUAAGAAACACAUUUGUUGAUUCUCCUAACAACUAGUUAAACUAGUUCAUUUUUCCUUUUAACAACAAUUGGAUCCAUCUGAUAAGUUGUGGUUGCCGAUCAGAUCAGUCAAUAUUGAUUCAUUUGGAGCGAGCGGAUUCCCUGACCUAAAAUAAAUCCAGGACAUCUUUAGCCAAAAAUUCAACCAGAGGGACUGGGACAGAGGGACAGAGAUAAAUACCUGGGCAACGAACAGUGGAAGUUCUUGCAAGAUACCAAAGUCUAAAUUAAAUAUGUGUCCAAACGAGCAAGUAACGUCACAACAUACUAGUAAAUAAAAAAAGGUAGUUUUUUUGUCAUUCUGCAAAAUAAAAUGUUGGUGGAUUUGGUCAUUUUGUGCAGAUUUUUACCACAGGAUGGACACACUAAAGUCCUUCUGUCUGAUACAAACAUAAUGAGUAUUGGCGUCAAGUGUUAACCCCUCGAUGCUUGAAUUUUAUUUCCAGCUAUGAAAAAAACAAACACUUUCAUGUGAUGCUCAAUGAUGGUCAUUUUGGCAUCAAGGGGUUAAGACGAUUAAAAUCUGUUCAUCUGGUCUGCAUGGGCUAGAACACCUACACUAUUAUCCAAAAUGAAUCCAUUUGAGUUACAACUGCUUAUUUCUUACCAAAACUUGCCCUCCUUGUCUAACUGAAAACAUUUGUCCGGCUGUGCCGGGCUGCUGCCCCCCCUCCUUCCCCGUAGAAGCAUCUGCAGCCAAAAAAACUGCUCGAUUCAAGGUUGACCAAGAGUUGCCCUUGUAGGAAUGCAUGAAAAUAAUUAGUUUUUCUAGAGCAGCGACUGCUGCAGCGGUGUUCCAUGUAGGCGGGGGUUCAGCGGCGUGUACGGCUUCUGUCUUCGCCUUAAAAAGCUUCCUUUUCUGGGAAAUCUGACGAGAGAAGGCAGCUGGCACAGAAAAGAACCUGCGCUUUGGUUUGUACUUCACGAAGCACAGGUUAGCUGCCGACGGAGCGCUCGGAUCUCCUCCGCCUCUGUUGGGGCGAAGCACACUGGAAAUACAGACGGGUCUCUUCCUGGAAGGAGGGACCUGAUUGAUGGGCGUAUAUCCAACCUGAGGAGGAGGACGCUUUUUCUGCCAACUUCUGGGAAAGUGGAGCAGUGACUGCUGACCCGGUUCAACCUGACACGCACACCCUGACACACAUUCACAUGCUCUAAAUCUGAUCUUCUGUAGCUUAUGGAGACAUCAGACCCAAGUGGGCACAUAGAAACCAGGGUGGGGGGGAAUAAAACAGUCUGUGGGUAAACAAAGACCUGGAAAAACUGAAAUGUAAGAUGAGAAGACUUUUUUUUUUGUGUGCGUGUCAAAAUUUCUGAGGUUUCUUGGUUUGUGGAUAGUCGUAUCUUCGUCUACAUGACCAAACAAAACCAAAAUCACUGAAAAGCUCUAUUUGUUUAGAGUUUGUCCCACUUUAAUGGUUUAAUUUCAAUCUGGAUUUCCAAUCCACCCAAAAAUGUUGCUGCUUUGCAAUCAUCUGCACACUUCCACAGUGUUUGUUUUCUUUCUUUUUGCACAUGAACUUCUCGCUCUGACUUGAGGGUGGACUUCCAAACAGUCUGAACUGUUUUUGUCGUCUCGUUCUGCACAUUUUUAUUUCCGCGUGUCCGUUUGUGAGCCAAGUGUACAACAGCCGAUGUAACGGGGUAUUUAUAUGCUGUUUUAAUAUUUCUGUCAAACGUGUGCCAGCCGCUUCAGGUGUGCCAAGAAAACCCAUGCCCAUGAUGUCUUACACACGCGUGCAGACCUGCUCACUUGCAUGUUUACUCGGAGCAGUAUAGCGGCCAUUAUAGCGGCUCGUGUUAGGGGUCAUCUGUCAGACGUGCACAAACACAGUGGCAUGGUUCCAAAACGCUGCCUUUCUAACCCGUGUUGCCGACUUCUUUGCUUUGGAUUUCAGUUGAUGCUGCAUCUUUAAACAACCAGGCGACUCAAAAGUGCUAACACGAAUACACACCCUUCAUUAACUUUGUGAUUGUUUUACAUUUGUUUUUGUCGCAAGUUUGAGGGUUCAAAUCCCCCUAAAGAAUGUUGGAAGACGUUGGGAUGUUUGGUCGAACCUGCCACCCUGUAUUUGUCCACUAGGUGGCAGCGAAGCCUUAACUUUUGAGCCGACACAGACAUGUCUUAUCUGUCAAGAGGACACAGCAGCUGGUUUGGCCUUUGUGGGUCGACACAGCAACAUGUCACAGGUGUGUACCGGUACUCGUACACAUCACAACAGUUCUUUUAAACACACUGCAGCACGACAAGAUUGUGCGUUUUGUCUCAUCCUUCUUCUCUAACUGUGAAUGUGGCGCAGAGCACUGUUCCUCCUAUUCCCGCAUUCUGGCCGGACUUGGGUUAGUUGCUAAGCAGCUUUUCUGAUGUCUUCAUCACAAGCAGCGGGAGCAACAAUGGUUGACAUGUCAGCUCCGCCGGAUAAGGAACGCUUCACACUUUGUGACUGAGCCUUCAUCUUCUGGGCAUAACCCGUCGUCAGGCUGCUUUAUUUGACUUGGAUGGAAAAAAAACGUCUGUUCAUGCACAGAAUUUUUAAAACUGCUCUUUCCGCCAUCACUUGAUUGUAACAUGAGGCGCUUGAACGAAAAAUGAUCGAUGUAUUGCUGUCAGUAGCUUGUCAGACUGUUUCUCCCCUGGCCACAGAGUUAAAUGACUUUUUAGCACGUUCAAAAAUGACUCCUGAAAUUGGUUUUGUUUUUAACAAACUGCCAGGCAAAAGAAAAAGGAAUCUGUUGAUCAAAUUGAAUUCUUUCCAAACUGAAAAUCUAUAGAUUUCUCUUUCAUUAAAUGAAAUAAAGCACAUAAAAUAAAGAUGCUUGGUUACUUUGUUGCAACUUUGCUCUUUGCCUUUUAGAUGUAUUUAGUCUAUUUCCCUACAAAGUGGGCCAAUAUUUGUGAAAUGGAUCCAUAAUACAAUGCAAGUUCUCUUUACCAAUCCCUGGCUUUUGCCUUUCCCUCUUGUUUGAAGUAGCUCCAGUUGUUGCUGUUACAAACCCAAACAGAGCCUGAGCUUUAGGAGAACCUCAAGAUUUAGCAUGGCACGUCCAAAUUGAGUGAACAUUCUGUAGAAUAAAGGAAAACUUCCAUGGAGUCUGGCUGCAAAGUAGGACGACGGUACUUGGAUACCAAAGGUCAUCUUAUACAGAUUCGAAAUCAAUGUUUCUGGUACAAUAGAUCUGCUAUGAUGGCCAUUCUCCAACCUCAUUGGGUUGCCGGGACAUACAAUCUGUCCUGUUGUGUGUUAGAGACACGCAGCCGAAAGGAGGAGCGAUCUUUAAGACAGUUGGACCACAGAUGCUACGUCUUGGAUCAGCUUGUGCAGGUUGUGACCAACGUUGGUAGACUUGAGACAAAAGCUGGUGGAAACGUGGGAUGACAUCCCACAGCCGGGUCUGACCAGACUUAUUCGUUUUAGGAGGAGGUGCCAGGCUGCUGUGGCUGUGGACAGUACUCCCACACACCACUGAGGCUUCUGUUUUCUACCAAAUGAGACGAAGGGCAGAAAAGGCAGUUUGGUGUUAGCAGAGAUGAUUUAAAUGUCAUUUUUUACGGGUGAAACUCACAGCUGGAGCUAUUCUGCAAUAUAAGAAUCAUUGCAAAGAACUGUUGCAACAACAAUGUUGUCUACCAAGCCCAAACUUAGUCUUUUUUGCGAUUAGUUAAUUCUGGAAAGACAGGAUUCAAAGCUCCCUUUAGAUUAGCUCCCUUAUAAUAUUUGCAUUCCUGAAAUUCCUCACGAGUAUAUAUUGGCCGUACGAUUGUUUUUUUGUUUUUGACUGAACACAACAGUGGCUCUGCUGCGCCUUGUUCCCAGUGUGUUGUAUCAGUUGCCUUUCGUUUCUGCACUUAUACAAUGAGCCCGUGUGGUGGUUGCAGCCUUUGGUCCUCUUCUGCACACAGAGAUGGUAAAAUGACGACUGUACUUCAGAACCACUGCUGAUUAUCACAUCACUGUCACAUGACUGUAAUGUGUCAAUAAAAGUCCAUUGGAGUAUAAAGCAUACCAUAAA